AUCCUUCUUUUUCCCCCAGAUGGCCCAGAUAUUGCCACAAUUGACCAUAUAAGCGAUCAGUUCGCAACGGGGAUAAAUGUUACCUUGAGCUGUGUUGCUGAUUCUAACCCACCAGCACAAUUCACUUGGUUACAGAAUGGACAAUCUGUCAGCAACUCAGCCUCAUUUUCUAUUAUUACAUCCCUGAAUCAUAUCGGAAACUAUACCUGUAGUGCAACUAACUCAUUUACUGGCUUGACGCGCACUGCAAACAAGACUCUUAUGAUCUAUGCACCACUGUCCAAACCUACCAUCAUCACCUCCAACAAUACUGCAGUGGAGACCAAGGACUUCUCAAUGACAUGCAAUGCUACGGGUCAAAUUCACGCUUACCGGUGGUUCAUAAAUGGACUUGCCCCAGGUGGUAACAGGAUACAGCUGUCGCCGGAUAAGAGGACACUCACUAUCCGCAGUCUCAGAAGAAUGGAAAACAAAGGACCCUAUGUGUGUGAAAUCGAGAACCUAUUGUUUAGGGAAAGGAGUAAUCCAUUCACACUGAAUGUUACCUGUGAGUAUAUUGCUUCUUCCUAUAUGGUGCCUUCUUAUAGCCUGGUGGUGUGUUCCCAGAGGCCCAGGCUAAUUCAGUCCCUUCUCUGAGAGCUAAAGAGGUAGGCUCUGAGGUUCCCAACCCCCUUCAUCUUUAGGGAGCCCAAAUUGGCCUUGCCAUGUGUUCUGGUUGAGGGUG